AUGUCAUCAGACUCUGAAGAAGAAGCUUUAACAAGCAAAGAUUAUAUGGAAAUAGCUAACGAAAUUGAGGAAUAUAAAAAAAAUCCAAAAACAUCUGGAAUGUUUGUGUCUGGUUGGGAUGAUGAUGAUGUUGGAGUAGAUGUUGUAAAAAAUCCAAAAGAAAAUCCAAUUGACCAUGUCUUAUGGGCUGCUGAAAAUGGAGAAUUAGAAACCAUCACCAAUCUCUUAUCUUCCCAUCCUGGCCUUGUACACGCUAAGGAUUCUGAUGGGUAUACACCUUUGCAUCGAGCAUCAUACAGUAACCAUGUUAAUAUCAUUUCAUAUCUGCUAAGUGUAGGAGCAAAUGUACACUCUAAGACAGAACUUGGAUGGACUCCAUUACAUUCAGCUUGCAAAUGGAAUAAUUAUGCUGCAGCUGCUAGACUUCUUGCGGGAGGAGCUGAUACUGCGGCUUUAUCUAAUGGAGAAUUGUUACCACUUCAUUUAACAUCAUCAAUUGGCCAGUGUAAGGCUACCCUGCUAAUUUUACUAUUGAGAGAAGAAAUGGUUGACCUGGCUCAAAAGCCUAACAACUCAAAAGAGACACCUGAAAUGUUGGCCGCUGGACAUGGGAUAUAUGCACCUUUAUUUGAAAUGGUUCUUCCAGAAGCUUCAAAAAUUCAUUCCUUAUCUUUCACCUGCAAUCCAUACACCAGAAGUUGA